ACGAAAAAUUAUCAAUCGUCUUUAGUCGUCCCCGCUGCUGCCCCAACUCGUGUACGCUUGGUCGAGUAGUUACAGGCUAAAAUGUCGGAGAAGGUAGCAAUAUCAAGUAUUUCAAGUAAUAAGGCUGGUUGUCCGCACUACAAAAGGAGAUCCAAAUUUGUGACUCCGUGCUGUGGUAAGGUGUACACAUGUCGUUUUUGCCACGACGAAAAUGAAACCCAUCCAGUGAACCGUAAAGACGUGACAGAAUUGGUCUGCACAAACUGCAACACACGUCAGCCUGUACAAGCUGAAUGCACGAGGUGCUCACUCCGAUUUGGAAAGUACACUUGCUUGGAGUGCAAGUUGUUUGAUGACGAGGACAAAAACCAGUACCAUUGUGAAGGCUGUGGGAUUUGUCGAAUCGGAGGGCGUGACAGAUUUUUCCAUUGCGAACGCUGCAACAUGUGCCUUCCCAACAAGCUGAAGAAUAGGCACAAAUGCGUGGAGAACGUGUCUCGGGCCAAUUGCCCAGUGUGUCUUGAAGACAUCCACACCUCAAGAAUUCCGUGUCACAUCCCCGAGUGUGGACAUUUGGUGCACAGGACAUGCUUUGAAGAUCUGCUCCACUCGGGAUACUAUGCUUGUCCCACCUGUCAGCAAUCCAUGCUUGACAUGACGCAGCUUUGGGACUACUUGGACCAUGAGGUUGAAAUGACACCCAUGCCAAAUGACUACAAAGCUUGCAUGGUGGGGAUAUUAUGUAAAGACUGUCACAAGGAGAGUAAAGUUAAAUUCCACGUUGUUGGACUGAAGUGCUUACAUUGUGGGUCUUACAACACAUGCAGAACCAAGGAGCCCACACCAGCAGGAGAAGAGAUCCCGUCAGUUGACAAUAAUGGAGCCAGCGUUUCUCAUCUCGAACCUGCUGUGCCAAUAGUUGAGGUUGCAAUGGAUGAGCAGCAGCCAGAUGCUUCUGCCGAUUAGUAAUCUUUCUCGUGUAAAUCAAAAGCUUUCAUGGAUCAAUCGUGAAUCCUCAACAAGAUCCUAUUUAACUCAAUUUAAGCCUUUGCCGCCGAAGGAGUGUUGUGGUCUGUUAAUUUGUUAGGAUUAAGUUUAUUUUCAUUCUGUCACAAAGUAACGCAACAGACGAGGUUAAGGGCAGUGUGUAUGCGAUGCAUUUCAUUAUGCUAUAUUCUCUUGCUGUCCUCUUAGCCAGGCUGGUGUUUUGUUUUCGAUUGGGCUUUUCAUUUUUACCAUGCAUCCGAAGCGUUCGUUUAUUCCCGUUGGUAUGAAUGUUGAUUUGUGAUUGAGCUUUCUUUUGAAAGUGAUUAUUUUGUCUAAAUUUUCCCCCCUUGAGAGCAGCUUGAGCAUUUUCUAAGUUGAGACCUCAGGAAUACUCGUUAGUGAAAUUUAUUUUGUCAUUUGCCUUAAUGUGGGAUUUUCCAAUACAAAUGACACAAAAAGUAGAUAAUUAAAGUGAUUUAAGUAGUAUUGAGUGUCUCAAGAUUCUGCUUUUCUUGAGAAUUUGUAAUAUCUGAUUGUAUUCCAAUAGGUGACCAUGUAAAUAUAUCGUGUUAUUCCAUAAAUAAUGAUCAAAUUUGGUCCAAAUAUCCAGUUGAAAAUUACACUACAACCUAACUUGUUGACACCCUAGCUUCAUGAUUGCAAGUGGAAAAUAAUAUUUUAAAUUUUAACUAAGUUUCUCAUUACUAUCUUAAAUCAUAGUGAUUAAUUGCACUUCUUAGCAAGUAUGUAACUAAUAUUUUUAAAAUGCUUAGUUUUGCAAGAAGUGAUGUAUGAAUUUCUCAUUUAUAUAUAAAUAUAGGAAAAUAAAGUUAUGCCUGUACUACUUGUAACAUAUUAUUUGCUCAUGCAUGUAAAAGUGAAUAAAACAAGUUGAGUGAAAAUGUCAAA